GCCUUAGGUCACACCUCUAAGGGCGCCUUCCAAGAAGCCCAGUAGAUACUGCCUUAGACUCGUGAAUGCUCUACAACUGAUUUCAGUCUCUGAAGAGCCUAAAUUGGGUAGCUCUGGGGCACUGGGCAGGAAGAUAUCGACUCUUGAGUCUCGAUCACAAUGCAUUGAACAAAAUUCGUUGGCCAUAAAGUAGGAAGGUCCUCCAUCUUCGAGACCAUUUCGUAAACCAAAAUUCCAGCUUUCAAAGUUUCUUGCUUCAGCAAACAAGGAGCUUACAACUAAGUUGUUGCGCCAGCAACUGUCCUUGAUUUUCUACUACCAACCAACCGUUCAUCACAAGCGAUUGUCGCGUGCACCACUAAAGAGAGAGGCUUUGCAUUUCAGACCAGCUUCAGACUUCUCCGAUGGGACUUGCCAGCAAAUUGCAGAAGCCUGCUGGGGGGCCUGCCGGGGCGCCACCUGGCGCUCCGGGGGGCUUCACUCCAUCUGCGCCUCCGGCCGCCCCUCAGCAGCAGCAGCAAUACGGUGCUCCACCCAGCUCGGGGGGGCCGACCCAAGCGUAUCCUGCUCCCGGCUAUGGUGCUCAGCCCGGGCAGCAUGGAGGCAUGCAGGGUGCCAACAUGCAAGGAAACCAGAGUGGUUACGGACAGCCAGGAGGCCAGUUUGGACAACAGGGUAGCCAGUUUGGACAGCAAGGCGGCCAGUCUGGUCAGCAAGGCGGCCAAUUCGGUCAGCAAGGCGGCCAGUUCGGUCAGCAGGGAAACCAGUUUGGACAGCAGAAUGGUCAGUUUGGACAGCAGGGGAACCAGCAGGGCGGCCAGUUUGGUCAGCAGGGGGGACAGCAGGGGGGCCAGUUCGGCCAACAGGGUGGCCAGUAUGGGCAGCAGGGCCAAGCUCAGGGCCAAAACCAGGGCCAAAACCAGGGCAUUCUGGCCAAGUUGCAGAGCAUAGUUCAGGUCAACCAGCUUCAUCGCUUCUACCAGCCUCAGCAGCUGCAAACACUUGCCCAAAGGAUUGAGCAGACGGUGGACUUCAAUGCGCUGGCUGCUAGGUGGGGCAUGCCUAAGGAGCUGGCCAUCGACCUGGCCUGCCUUGGGCUCUACGAUAUCGUCAUCCUGGCAGACGACUCUUCUUCGAUGUCCUUUGAGGAGCAGGGCGAGCGCAUUGAGGACUUGAAGCUGGUACUCAGCAAAGUUGCCGAAGUGGCCACCAUGUUCGACCAAGACGGCAUCCUGAUUCGUUUCCUCAACUCCAACGUCCAGGGUAAUGGCAUCAGGAAUGCCCAGGAAGCUGAGGGCAUCGUGAAGCAAGUCCGCUUCCAGGGCCUGACUCCUCUCGCCGGCAGCAUGCAGAGCCACGUGCUGGAGCCCGUGGUUUUCAAUCUGGCGCGGUCCGGUCAGCUGGCGAAGCCCGUUCUAGUUAUCACCAUCACAGACGGGGAGCCGUCAGAUAGCCCGCGCGAUGCGAUCUUGCAGGUCAUUGCAAACGCGAGGAGGCAGCUUGCGCCGCAGUAUGGACCUAAGGCAGUUGCCUUCCAGUUUGCGCAGGUCGGACGUGACCAGCGCGCGCAGCACUUUUUGGAGAAGUUGGACAAGAGUCCGGAGGUUGGCGAUGUGAUCGAUUGCACGUCAUACUACGAGCUGGAGGCUGAGGAGUUCAAGCGGAAGGGAAUUGACAUGACGGUUGAGAUUUGGCUGGUGAAGCUCAUGGUCGGGGCGGUGGAUCCCUCUUACGACGCAGAGGAUGAGGGUUAAGGAUUUCCAGGGUUAAGCCUUUGCUCUCUAGAAUGAAGGGUGAAGGGAGAAUUUUAGAAUCGAUUGGUACAAGGCGGUAUGGGGGCGGUAUACAGCGCGAGAGGGAUGGUAAGGGUCGAAUCGAUAUGUGUGACGGGCGGUGGGUUGUUGAGGAGUAGUGGGGUGGUUGGAGCUUAUUUGCACGAGGAGGUGAGCAGUUAGGUUGCUAGUUUUCUACGAGGCGAAAGUUGGUCAAGCGGAAUGGGUCAAACGGAGGAAUACAAGAGCAAGGCGGGGUUUUUCUUACGGCUUGUACCAUAAUGAAAGAUCUGUAAGGACGAGAUCAAUCAUUUGCGCGCACAUUCAUAAGCAAAUCGAGUUUUGUACUUAUCUUCGUAUACAAACUGAAUGAUAGAUAUGUUCAAGCCGCGACGGGGUCGGAUGAUAUAUUUGUUGGUAAAUUCUGGACGAUACCUUUGUACAUUUACUGCCACCCAUAUUUUUGAAUUGAUUCACUCAGUAAUUCAAAACCUUACAAAUCCACCUGGUCAUAGUCUUUUCC